UCUCCCUCCUUCCCCCCCCUCUCUCUCUUUAGGGAAAGCAAACAAAGCGGUGCGCGCGAGAACUCGCGAUAUCUCGAAGGCGAGGCCUCACGCCGCCCGGUUGCCUCCGUGGUUUGCUCCCUCCCCUUCAGGUCUGAGCCGGUUGGAGUCUGCGCGGUGGAGCCGUGGGAGGGAGCUGCUGACUAGCUUGGAGAGGCCGAGGCGUGGCUCUUGUUUUGGCCGGCUAGGAAGGAAAGGGGCGCGAGGUGUUUUGUUAGCUGCCUCAGCCGGGUCUCUCCCGCUGUUUUUCCUGCUCCCGUCGUGACGGCUUCCAAGUCAGCCUUUCUUCGGCAUUCAGUCACUCUAACGAGCUGCUGGUUUCCCAUCUCGCUGCUCUGUUUGUUUCGCCGGCUGUUUCAGUUGACCAUAAGCUCUUCUCUCGAGGUGCCCUUCUUUCCAGCCAUCUUUCAACUGCCCGUUGUCCCAUCUCACCAGGUGGUCUCAAUUUCUCAGUGGAGAGUGAGGGGCGCUUUUGUUGAUAUCCUGCGGACUAGCGCCUUUGCGCUUUGGCUUUCAAACUGCUUACCCUCCUAAAGCCAGUCCUUUACAGCCUGCUGUCUUCCGAUUGUGUUAGGCUUCCGCUCCUAUUAGUAGGUACUUCGAUAUCACAACGGUGCAACGUGAUCUGCGUGUUUGAAGGUCGUUUAAGGGGCGUGCAUAAGAGCACAAACGUGCCUACCGUUCCUGUCCUAUUGUUUUCUUUCAUUCUAUCCAAUUAGUAUAGUUAUUGCAUUCUUAUGCUUAUAUAUAUAUAUGCUUAUAUAUUAUAUAGUUACUUUCAUGCUUAUGCUUAUAUAUACUGUUGUGACAAAAUAAAUAAAUAUAAAUAUAAUAUAAGGUCGAAAUUGGGGGUGGGUGUUACUUAGAUUCAAGUCCAGCCCAAGACUUUGUUAGCUUGUCCCAAAACUUAACCAAAUUUAUUUCACAGGAUUAUUCUGAGAAUCGGGUCAGAAAAUAAUAUGUAAGUUAUGGAAAGAUAAGAAUAAUAAUUAUGGCUCCUUUUUUUUUAUUCCCUGUGGCAUAGGAGUGAAAACAAAGGUAACUCUUUAACUUCAGAAACAAUGGAGAUUGGUUUGGUUUUGUUGCUUUAGAAGAUUAACAUGUUUAUCACAGACAAGUCUUUCAUGUACUAUAAUCCACUUUAUGAAUCGAAUGCUAAUCUACAUAUUAAAUAUUUGAAAGUCUUUUAAAGUAUUGUACUACAAAUCUUUUUUCCAAAACCAGUUAGCUUUCUGGAAACUUUUAGUUUGAUCUGCAAGAGUCCUUUAAUGGCAUAAUUUGUAGUGAAACUAGAUUGUGCAGGAUUGCUUUUUAUGUUUUAAUUCCAGGGUUCUAUUUUAAAAAACACCUUAAUUUUUAAAAGCAAAAUACGCUGUAACUAUCAGUGUUUCCCCUUAAAACACCAACCUAAUAAUGUUUAGCAAUAAACCUGAAGUAUCCGUUCACUUUAGUUCACCUGCCUGCCACUGAGGUAAGGUUUAAACUUCUGAAAUGCACUUUCUUCGUGCAUUCCAUUAUUUUAUUUAUUGCAAAGAAGUAAAGAUGAAGCUAUCUUUAAAUUUUUAAAUUGUAAAGCAUCUAGACAUUGCUGUCAUGUGACGUAUAGUGAUGUUUUUCCUCGUUGCAGAGCUGGGGUGGGCGUGGCCUGUGAGUGAUGCCCGUGGGCCACCAGUUUGACACUCCUUUCUAGAGAAAUCAUGAAUACUGCCCUGUGUUCCAGUUCAUGCAUAGUCAAAUCUGCAUUUACCCUGCACAUAAAGGACUACGAAUAUUACUUGGAAUGAGACAUGGCUGAAGAUCCCCAGAGAAAUUUUCGAUCUGUGUACUAUGAAAAAGUAGGAUUUCGUGGUGUUGAAGAAAAAAAAUCAUUAGAAAUUCUUUUGAAAGAUGAUCGGUUGGAUAUUGAGAAGCUUUGCACAUUUAGUCAAAGGUUUCCUCUCCCAUCCAUGUACCGGACGUUGGUAUGGAAGGUGCUUCUAGGAAUUCUCCCACCUCACCAUGACUCUCAUGCAUUUGUGAUGAAAUAUAGAAAAGAACAAUAUGGGGAUGUAUACCGUGCCCUUCAAGUAAUUCGCUUUAUCACAGAUUCUACUCCACAGGUUGAAGUAUUCCUUCGGAUAUAUCAGUUGGAAUCAGGAAAACUACCUCAAAACCCAUCUUUUCCUUUGCAAUCAGAAGAUGAGAUAUUCCUUGCUAUUGCUAAAGCAAUGGAAGAAAUGGUGGAAGAUAAUGUUGAUUGCUACUGGCUAGUCAGUAGUUUUGUGAACCAGUUGAACAAUAGGUACAAAGAGUCAUUACCACAGCUGCCAAAACUUCUGGAACAAAUCCUGAGCCUUGAGGACAACCGGCUUCUCGCAUAUCUGAAGUCGUGUUCAGCAAUGGGUCAACUUCCUUAUAAACUUUGGUUUAGAAAAUGUUUUGCUGGAUGCCUACCUGAAUCAAGUUUACAAAGGGUUUGGGACAAGGUUAUUAGUGGUUCUUGCAAAAUUCUUGUCUUUGUUGCUGUUGAGAUCUUAUUAACGUUUAAAAUGAAGUUGAUGGCCUUGACUAGUGCUGAAAAGAUUGAACACUUUUUGGAAAAUUGCUCUUGAAUUCAUUUAGCUCUUUACGAAUUGCUGCCUGCGUGGGACAAAGGAAUAAGCGAUUAGCCCAGCUGAAAAGAAAUAUGUCAGUAAACUAGAUGAGGAACAGCCAAACUCUGCUGCUAAGGUGAGGUUGUGGAAGACAGUUUCCUGUCAUGUGUCACUCUUCCACAGGGAAGAGCAUUUCAAAUGGAAGAGAUGCCCACCACACUCUUAUACAUGUCAAUAAAUGAGGAAAUGUAAUGUUGUAAGAAUAAAAGGCUUGUGGGAAGCAACCAGAAUUAUUGUACAAGUGCCUGAUAAUAAAAUUAACUAAAAAGCUAGAACUAAAAAUAACAACAACAAAAAAAUGGUAAAAAGAAAGGACAGGAAAAAACAUCAUACAAUUCUGGCUCCUCUUGGGUAGGUCUUUCAGCUGGAAAGGAUGAUGUUGUAAUCACUGCCACAGAAAAUAAA